GUCGGGGAAGUAAAUCCACAGAAAAUAUGUUACACUUCCUUGGGUUUACAUGAUGAAAUGGCAAUGGAGGUUCUAACUGAACAAUACAAUUUGUCUGAUGUUUGUUUGUUUUUUAACUUAACGCAGACCAGAGUUGCUGCCAGCAUGGCAUCGCCAGCGAUAAAGCAGCAGCACCCAUUCUCCCCCAGAGAACAGCAGCCGGAGGAUCAAGCGGAGAGCUUCAGGUCCAAAAGUUUGCCAGCUCUGAACAGGUCUGCUCCUUGGAUUACCACAACACAAAGCACCCUCCUUGAGGCAAAACGGAGUUUCUUGCACAGUUUCCAAGCGAGGUCUGACCUGAGAUGUGGCAUUGACACGGACAAAUCAGCUCACAGUAACGGUGCUGCUGCUGCUGCUUCUGGGACUGUAUUUUCUUUCACAGCCUCCAGCUUUUCAGGGGUCGGGAGUUUCACUGAGAGGACAGACUGUAAUAACUGUGCUGGCACAAGCAAAGGUGUUUCCCCAGCUUCCACGUUGCUAGCUCUCCCAGGUAGAAAGUGUCUCAGCGUGGUGUUGACAGAUUCCCGUUUCUUCUUGGUGUGCAUGUGCUUUCUGACCUUCAUUCAGUCCUUAAUGGUCUCUGGGUAUCUGAGCAGUGUUAUUACCACCAUUGAGAGGAGGUACAGUUUGAAAAGCUCUGAGUCUGGGCUGCUGGUCAGCUGUUUUGAUAUUGGUAGUCUGGUGGUCGUGGUGUUCAUCAGUUACUUUGGGGGGCGCGGACGGAGGCCACUCUGGCUUGCUGUAGGUGGGUUUUUCAUUGCUCUUGGGGCUGCACUUUUUUCUUUACCUCAUUUCAUCUCUCCACCAUAUCAGAUCCAAGAAUUGAACUCUUCCCUCUCUAACGAGGGCUUGUGCGUGACUGGCAAUAAUACCGCCAAAGACCAUUUGGAGUCACCAGCCUGUGUCAAGGACUCAGGUGGAAAUGAUCACUCCCUCUAUGUAGCUUUAUUCAUUUGUGCCCAAAUUCUCAUUGGCAUGGGCUCCACACCCAUCUAUACCUUGGGACCAACCUACUUAGAUGACAAUGUCAAGAAAGAAAAUGCAUCACUGUACCUAGCCAUCAUGUAUGUAAUGGGAGCACUUGGUCCUGCCGCAGGAUAUUUACUAGGAGGAGUUCUUAUUGGUUUUUACGUUGAUCCUAGAACAACUGUUUAUAUUGACCAGAGUGACCCUCGAUUCAUUGGAAACUGGUGGAGUGGAUUCCUCCUUUGUGCCAUUGCAAUGCUCCUUGUGAUAUUCCCAAUGUUUACUUUCCCAAAAAAGCUCCCACCUCGACAGAAAAAGAAGAAGAAGAAGAAAAUUAGCUCUGAUGACAUUUCAAGUGAUGAUGACGUCAUGAAAGAGAAAACAAACAGCAAAAGACAAGUGGAUAGUUCAAUUCCUGCUUCUAUGGGAUUUGGAAAGAAUGUUAAAGAGCUUCCAAGAGCAGCUGUCAGGAUCUUAAGCAACAUGACAUUCCUUUUUGUGAGUUUGUCAUACACAGCUGAGAGUGCCAUUGUUACUGCUUUUAUUACCUUCAUUCCCAAGUUCAUCGAGUCACAGUUUGGCAUCCCAGCUUCCAAUGCCAGCAUCUACACUGGUGUGAUUAUUGUCCCAAGUGCUGGUGUUGGCAUUGUGCUAGGUGGCUACAUUAUUAAAAAGCUCAAACUUGGUGCAAGAGAGUCUGCGAAGCUGGCUAUGAUUUGCAGUGGUGUGUCUUUGCUGUGCUUUUCAACGCUUUUCAUUGUUGGAUGUGACAGCAUUAAUCUAGGGGGCAUAAAUAUCCCAUACACAACAGGUCCUACACUCACUAUGGCACACAGAAAUCUGACAGGUAGCUGUAAUGUCAACUGUGGAUGCAAAAUUCAUGAGUACGAGCCUGUCUGUGGAUCAGAUGGAAUAACAUACUUCAAUCCGUGUCUGGCCGGCUGCAUCAAUGGUGGAAAUCAUAGCACAGGGGUAAGAAAUUAUACUGAAUGUGCCUGUGUCCAAAGCCGCCAAGUUAUCACUCCACCAACUGUGGGACAGCGCGGUCAGCUCAGGGUGGUUAUUGUCAAAACAUACCUGAAUGAGAAUGGCUAUGCUGUUUCCGGGAAGUGUGAUCGGACCUGCAGUACACUUAUCCCAUUCCUAAUAUUUCUGUUCAUAGUUACCCUUAUAACAGCAUGUGCCCAGCCAUCGGCAAUCAUAGUGACACUCAGGUCUGUGGAAGAUGGCGAGCGGCCUUUUGCACUAGGAAUGCAAUUUGUUUUAUUACGAACUCUUGCUUACAUUCCUACUCCAAUUUAUUUUGGGGCUGUUAUUGACACCACGUGCAUGCUUUGGCAACAGGAUUGUGGUGUGCAAGGAUCUUGUUGGGAAUACGAUGUAACUUCAUUUCGCUUCGUUUACUUUGGAUUGGCAGCUGGUCUCAAAUUUGUGGGAUUCUUUUUUAUUUUUCUGGCCUGGUAUUCCAUUAAAUAUAAAGAAGAUCAGCUGCAGAGGCAGAGAUGGAGGGCCUCACCUGUAAACACAGUGAGUGAGAUGGUUGGCAGUGCAGGACCGCAACAAAACUAUGCCCGGACUAGAUCCUGCCCUACUUUCAGUGCUCGAGGGGAGCACACUGAAGACGUCUGUCUGGCACGAGGAAUGAAUUACAUAGCACAGACAUAUCCUGGCCCCUUUUCAGAAGCAAUAAAUUCCUCAACUGAAAAUGCAUUGGAGGAAGUCACUGCUGAAAUAUAAACCCCAGGCUUGAAAAUGUAAAAUUCAGUUUUGUUGGUUGAUUUAAAUAUGGCGCCUUGUGAAACACCCGUGCCUUCUUUUUUAAUCUACAUGUCACAUGAUAAACCAACAAAACUUAAAGCAAACAUCAAUAGCAUACUUGAGGGCUGGAUACCUCAAAAUGACCCAAGUUCUUAUUUCUCCCCUCCAGAUAAUGGAGUUUUAAAAAUAUGUGUUUGUAAUUACUUCAGGUGUGUCCACUAAAUGUCCAUGCUCUGAUCUAGUGUCAAAAUUAGGGUGAGGUAUUCUAAAUGGCGGUAAUCAAUGGAAGGGUGACAGAAAUGCAUCUCAUUGAUGCCAAGACUUUAAGAAAAUGUUUAAAGGGAUCAUCAACUUUGCAUCCACGAAUCAUGUUUCAUAGAGAUGAGUAAUUACUGUGAGUUCUGCUACAAAGCACAACUGAGCGUGUCUAAACUAUGCAACUUAUCUGGAUAAUUGUUGAUGCAGCAUGUUAAUUUUGCUUUCAAAGUCUUUAAUCCAACUGAACUUGAAUGGGGCUAUUUUAAGACAGAUAUAAGAUUUAAAAAUGGACACAACUGUUUAAAGUACUGUUGAUAACAUAUUAAGCCAUAAAAAAGUUAUAUAGACGGUAAAGUUUUCAAAUUCUAAGACAUCGUAUCCUUAUCCUAUUAAAAUGUACAUUUAUUUUAAUUUGAUAGGAUGUAGUAUUAUUCAGUGUAGUACACAGGGUAUGAAAGUAUAACUCAGUGUGAAAAACUACAGUAUUAAUUUGUAGUAACAUUAAGACAUGAUAAUCAACCCCAUAGAGACUAUAACAAGUAGAUGCAUAUUUCUGUAACUACCUAUGCAGUUAUCUGCUAUAGGUGGCUACUACUAACUUCAAAUCCAUACUUUUCUCAGUAAACACAGUAUCCAGGUUUAGUUUGCCAAGAACUGCUUGGCUGUCCUUACAAAAUGCUUAGCUAUCCUCUGCAAAUGCAUGCAGAUCUUUUUAAACAAAUUGUUCUGGUUUUCCACUAAGUGAAAAUACCCAGAGAGUUUGGAUAGCUGCAUUUUGGGACUGCACUGCUACCAUUCCACACAGACCUCAAACUGAACGCAAAGGGGAGUUUGGCCCCCCCCAUCUUCAUUUAAAGCUCUCUGUGAGGUGUGGCGGAAAUGGAAGAGUCAGCUGACCCCUUCCAGCAGGAUAUCUAGGCACAGAAGGCACCUCCAUUCAAGGACCCACAUGGCAUGUUCUGGCAUUUGAUAAUUAAAAAUAUUUUAGUGAGUUUUCCCACUUGAUUGAGUCUUCAGGAGACUGUUUGAUUUUUAAUCUGCAUCCUGUGCUAAUUCCUCAUCCACAGUCUUAAACUGGGAGCAUUACAACUGGCUGUUGCUGACAUUUAGUGAUCUGUCAGGUGGAAGGUUAUGACAAGAAGCCAGUGUUGUAUUCUACUUGCAGGUGCAUGUCUCAGAGCCUUUGGGAAUAGAGGAGGGGAUCGUGUCUUUUGUGAAAUUUGGUUGGUGAGAAGCAUGUGGGUAGAAGCCAUGACACAUACCGUAGAAAUAAUUAUUUCUCAAUCGAUCUAAACAAUUUUGAUGAGGGUUCAGGAAUUCCAGAGGAAUUUUUUUAAAAGUUACAACUAGAACAAAUUGACUGUAAGUCAGAUAGGGCCAAAUCCUGUUUCAAUUAACGUUAAUGGCAGAAUUUCCAUGGGCUUCAGUAGUCUCAGGAUUUGGUCUGUAUAGAUUUUCCUCUCUUGCCAGCUUCCUCCUUCUCUGACUGGCUUCUGAAGUUACUCUCCAUGCUGGCUUCAGAUCCUGGUUGAAAUGUUGGCUCCAUUUAUUCCAGAAUGUCUUGAUUAGUUUAUAUGACUCUUGAGCCUCUUAUGACCAUGUCUGUGGCAGAAAAUGUACAGAAAACUGUUACUUCACUCAUUAUGUAAGUAUCAGUGACUAAUUAGCAGUGCAGUACUUUAGGAACAUAGGAUAUAGGACUGGAAGAGACCUCCUGGGUCAUCAAGUCCAGUCUCCUGCUAUUGCAGGCAUCACCAUAAUAUAAUCCCAUUCAUAAAUUUAUCAAACUCCAUCUUUAAACCUAGUUAGGAUCCUUACCCCACUACUGUUAUCGAGUGGCUGUUUCAAACCUCACUACUCUGGUGGUUAGAAACCUUGUGCUUUCCAGCAUAAAUGGAUUCAUGGCCAGUUUAUACCCAUUUGGUCUUGCCCUUUAGCUCAGAUAGCUCUUCUCCCUUUAAUUUCACCUCUUGUUAGUCUUUGGAUAUUAAUAUUUAUUUUGAGCCUAAUUUAAUUUUUAGAAUAGUCCAGUUCAGACUACAAAUAGGGUGUACGUUUUUAACAGUGAGGGUACUUAACAACUUAGCUAGGGAUGUGGUGGAUUUGCUGUCACUAGAAGUCUUUACAUCAAGAUAUGCUCUAGCUCAGCCAAAAGUUAUGGGCUUGAU